AAGACACGUUAUAAUUCGGAAUCGGAAUGUAAAUUCGACAGUGAAAAUGAAACAAUUGACGUGAUCUGUGAAAACAGUGAUCAAAAAGAAUAUAGUGCUUACAUGUUAAACUCAAGCCCGAUAAGUAACGUAGAUAAAAUUAACUCUUUAAGCAAAAGCUUAUACUCAAAUAAAAUGACUAUUAAUUCAAGCAAUCGUUUUGAGAGUGAUGCAAUGAACUCUGUUAAUGAUAAGAAAAACAGUGCAGUGAAUAGUAGGGGAAAUAAUUUUUUAAUUGAUAACAUUUUAGGUAAUAAUCGUGGUAAUAAUCGUAGUAAUUGUCAAAUACAAUCAGUAAUUCAAAAACGUGAAGGAAAUAUAGAGGAAACUGGAGACGAGCACAAUGUUUCAUCGACCUCAACGUGCCCGGAUCUGAAUGCACUCAACGGCGCCGAGUUGCUGGCGGGCCAUGCGUAUGCUCAUUGGCUUGCUACACAACAACCAACUUCUACAUUUUAUGAUGAUAAAAAUAAUAGAAGGCCACGUCGAACUGGUCCUGAACGAAAACCACGUCAAGCAUACAGUGCAAAACAACUAGAAAGAUUAGAAGCUGAAUUUAAGCUUGAUAAGUACCUCAGUGUGUCAAAGCGGAUGGAGCUCUCCAAGGCUCUUGGCCUUACGGAAGUUCAAAUUAAGACGUGGUUUCAGAAUCGAAGAACGAAGUGGAAGAAACAACUAACAUCUCGCCUAAAAAUCGCACAACGUCAAGGAUUAUUUUCAGGACAUAUCUUCGGACAUGGUCCUCAAAAUUAUUCUCUUUUAAGCCCAUACGCAUACGCACCACUUAGUUGUGUUUUUACUCCAGUCACUAUCCCAACGUCACAGCCUUAA